AUGACUACUCAUAUCCCCUCUAUCUACAAAGCCAUCUUCCUCUACUGGGACCCACCGUGCGCGCUCUGGGGCGCGUUCAUGUCCUUCUUCACGCGUGACUGGAUGCUUGACCAGUUCUUCCUCGAAUCCCACACCGGAACGCGCGAUGCAGCCCACGACAUGCUCCUCUACCAGGGUGGCGGAGCUCUGGUUGGCUGUGCUAUCCUCAAUGGCAUACUUCUACGAUACACGCAAGACAUUGGAGUAUGGAAGAUCGCGCAAGCCGCUAUUCUAGCUAUUGACCUUUCCCUUCUUGCGGGCACCUACGAGGUGUUUGGGAAACAAGGCCGUCUCUCCCCAAUGACGUGGCAGGUUGGGGACUGGGUUGGGAUGAUCAUCACGAUUGGAGUGACGGUGGCGAGGGUCUCGUUCCUGGCCGAGCUUGGCUUUAAGAAACAGAAGUUGAAAUAA